AAUCUAUCCCAUAAAAGUGUGCCACGUAAUGAGAGCCAUGAGUCCACACAAACACCACCCGUUUGGGAUUCUCUUACCUCGACUAGACCGAAAAGACGAGAAUGCACCCAUGUUAAUAAAUUCAACACAAUCUACGGUCCAGAUUCAUCUUUGGUCACACACGUGUACAACCGCGAUGAAUGUAAGCGUGACUCUCGUUCGUACGAAUUCAUAUAAUUUUCGAUUUAUCCUUGUGGAGAAAUGAUCGUCUGCUCCUCAGCCACCAUAUAUCCAUUUUCUUCAUCUCUCUCCCCUCAGUUGCACUUUUUUUAAUCUUCUCUAUCGCCACCGGCAUCGCACGCCGGAAAAUUCACCGUUCGGUGACUGGUCAUCGGAGUCACUGUUAGGUUGUUCUUCACUUCCGGAGGUAUUUGUAACAAACGGGGCACGUAGCUAUUGUGCGUUCUUUGAGAUGAAAUUGAACAGUUUUGACUUUUGAGGAUCAGUAACUGAAAGUCAGAGUGGAACUCCAAAGUAUUUAUGAUUACUUUGAAGUUCUAGGAUCGAAAUGAAUGAGGCGACUUGGAUGGAGAAGGGUCCUGGACAUGUAAAUGAUGGAGAUUUAGGCAUGACUAACACCGCUAGAAUUGGAACUAAGAGAUCUCAUCAAUGGUUUGUAGAUUCUGCUGAUUCAGGGUUGUCCCCUGACAAGAAGCAAGUAUUGCAGACUGUAAAUACUAAGUUGAGUUCUAGAAUCUCAUACACAAGUGUUCCUCCUUGGGAAAACACUCCCAGUCUUCAGUCAGUCCCGAAUCCAUUUGUUGAUAGGUUAAUCGGAUCUGAAGCAGCAAGAUCUGUCAAACUUUCUGAAAGGAACAUUUCUGCUAUUGGAACAGAUAAUUUGAGUGGAAGAAAGGGUACAGAUAGCUACUUUGGAGAUGAUGUACCUUUUGGUUUAUCUGUUGACCAUGGAGGUCCUGAAACAUGUCUCAGUUAUGCUGGAAUAAGAAAAGUUAAAGUCAAUCAGGUUAACGACUGUGACAAUGGCAUACAUGCUCUAAGGAGACAUGAUUCUAAUAACAGUGACCUGUCCACUGAUCAUGCCUUUAGCAGGGAGAAUGAAACUAAUUUUGUAUCAAUGGGGCAGUCCUUCAAUAAGGAGCAUGACAGUAUAAUGCUACUGGGUCAUACAUACAACACAAGUGAUACCCAUAUCAGAUCAGCAGUUUCAAAUUAUGGCAGAGUGGAUGACAAUACAAUAUCAAUAAGUGACACUUAUAGUAAAGGGGAUACCAGUAUAAUUUCUUUUAGUGGGUUUCCUGAUGAACAAGACAUUAUCCCAGUCGGUAGACCUAUUGAUAGCUAUGACCAAUUAUAUCAUCAGACCUCAAUGAUAUCAGAGGCACCCUGUGAGAAAGAACCAGAUCCAAUUAAUGUCACUGCUGUUAUAAAUACCAAGGAAGUAGUCAAACCAAGAUCUGACUUGGUUUCCAAGAACAAAUCAGAUAAGACGCCAAAGAAAGAAGCGCCAAACAGCUUUCCCUCAAAUGUCAGAAGCUUGAUAUCAACUGGUAUGCUCGACGGAGUUCCUGUGAAGUAUGUUUCAUUGGCACGAGAGGAGCUUCGAGGAAUCAUAAAAGGUUCUGGCUAUCUUUGUGGGUGUCAGUCAUGUAAUUAUUCGAAGGUGCUAAAUGCUUACGAAUUUGAGCGCCAUGCUGGUUCCAAAACAAAGCAUCCUAACAACCACAUAUACUUUGACAAUGGAAAGACGAUCUACCAGAUAGUGCAAGAAUUAAGAAGCACCCCGGCAAGCUUAUUGUUUGAUACAAUUCAAACCGUCUUUGGUGCACCAAUUAAUCAAAAAUCAUUUCGUGUUUGGAAAGAAUCAUUUCAAGCAGCAACAAGAGAACUUCAACGGAUUUAUGGAAAAGAAGAAUUGAAUUUGUAAGAGUAUUAUACUGAAGCUUAUGGUAGGAUUAUCAUCAGAUGUGGUUUUUUAUGUGCAGAAGAAAGAUCGCUUGUGGUAAAUUCUUUAGUUAUAUAUGACAAUGGAGGGAAUGAUGAUAUAUGUUACUGCACGAAGAUGUAAAUCUUGUGAUAGAGCAUAAUUAGUUGUAGUUUAUGUAGAGAUGUUAAUGUAGAUGAAAUUAUUCUCCUGCUGAGCCUUCCCCAUGUUCAUGUGUGUGUGUGUGUGUGGGGGGGGAGGGAAGUUCUUAAUUUUUACUUGCUACUGUGAAGGAAAACGAAUUAGGUUAAAAUUCAAGUUUUUUACUAUCAAACUAUAAGUGGUAAAAAGGAGCUACAAUAAGAAAUAAGGAGAAGCUUAUUCUUAGUUAUAUUCUAUCA